GCGUCUGCACGCACGCACCCCCACUAAUCCUUUCUUUCUUUGGACGCUUGCGCCGCUAGCUCUUCCUCCCCAUGGCCAUGGGGACUGGGGGCGGGGAGUCGAUAAAAACACGUACUGCCGCUGGUCCUUGCUAGGAGGGUGCGAAAGCGAAGCCCCACGCCCAUGCCGCGCGCAGAUUGUUGUCGAGCUCGCGGUCCUUCCUUCGCUCCUCGCCACAGCCCGCGAUUCGGUUGGUGCCCCGUGCCCUCCCUCGCACUGACUAGCUCUUGGACUCUUGCGCCACCUGCUCCCCGUCCUCAUCUCUCAGUCUUGUCGCCUCCCCGUCCAUCCCUUGCUGCCAUCAAGAUCCAGCGUUUGUUUGCCCUCUGAUCUCCCACUCGCUGCAACUUGCCAGCUACCUCACCGGCGGUUUAUUGGUGCAUACGUCCUGCUCGACGUAAUGCUCGUGAGAGCCUUUUGCUACCGGUGAGCUAACUAGCCAGCAGCUUUUCUUGGGCCGGGUCAUGGUGGAUUGAUUGAGCGUCCACGACGAUGGGCCGGUCGGAGAGGACCGUUGUGUGGUUCAGGAGGGACCUCAGGAUCGACGACAACCCGGCUUUGGCCGCCGCUGCCAGGGACGGCGCGGUGCUCCCUGUCUUCAUAUGGUGCCCGGCCGAGGAGGGGCGCUUCUACCCCGGCCGCUGCUCCCGGUGGUGGCUCAAGGAGUCGCUUGCGCACCUUGCCAGGUCGCUGGAGGCGCUCGGCUGCCCGCUCGUGCUGAUCCGAGCUCAGAGCACUCUUGCCGCGCUUCUGCAGUGCGUUGAUUCCAUCGGCGCCACCAGAGUGGUCUAUAAUCAUCUAUACGACCCUAUUUCACUUGUGCGGGAUGACAAAAUCAAGAAUGAGCUUUUGGGCCUUGGAAUUUCUAUGCAGAGUUUCAAUGGUGAUCUGCUAUAUGAGCCAUGGGAAGUUUAUGAUGAGAAUGGGCUUGCAUUUACAACGUUCAAUAAGUAUUGGGAAAAGUGCAUGAAAUUGCCUAUCGAGAUAUCACCAUUUCUUGCCCCUUGGAGGUUGGUGCCUGUCUCAGGUAUAGAAAACAUUUGCAGUAGUUCAAUUGAUAACCUAGGUCUUGAAUCAAGUAAGGAUGAGGAAUCAAGCAAUGCUUUGCUAAGCAGGGCUUGGUCUCCUGGCUGGCGCAAUGCGGAGAAGACACUUGAGGAUUUCGUGUCUCAUGGUCUCCUAGAUUAUUCAAAAGACAGAAUGAAGGUUACCGGAACUACAACAUCGUUAUUGUCACCAUAUCUUCAUUAUGGUGAGGUGAGUGUAAGGAAAAUCUAUCAACUUGUCAGGAUGCAACAGAUCAAGUGGGAAAAUGAGGGGAAAUCCGGAGCUGGGGAGAGUGUUAACUUGUUCCUGCUGUCAAUUGGUCUCCGAGAAUAUUCACGUUAUUUGUGUUUCAACUUUCCAUUCACACAUGAAAGGUCGCUGCUGGGGAACUUGAAACACUACCCCUGGCGAGCAGACGAGGACCGGUUCAAGUCCUGGAGACAGGGAAUGACAGGAUACCCGUUAGUAGAUGCUGGCAUGAGGGAGCUAUGGGCUACUGGCUGGACACAUAAUCGUAUAAGAGUAAUAGUUUCAAGUUUUGCUGUGAAAUUUCUACUAAUUCCGUGGACUUGGGGGAUGAAGUACUUUUGGGAUGUGCUGUUGGAUGCUGAUAUAGAAAGUGAUAUUCUUGGCUGGCAGUACAUAUCUGGGUGUUUGCCUGAUGGACACGAGCUUGGUCGUCUUGAUAAUCCAGAGGUUCAAGGUCAAAAGUAUGACCCAGAUGGUGAAUACGUAAGAACUUGGAUUCCAGAGCUAGCUAGAAUGCCAGGGGAAUGGAUCCAUCAUCCGUGGGAUGCACCGAGCUCUAUACUAGAAGUUGCUGGUGUUGAGCUAGGCUUUAACUAUCCUAUGCCCAUAGUAGAACUUCACAUGGCUCGGGAGUGCUUAGAUGAUGCCAUCUCCACGAUGUGGCAAUUGGAUACAGCCGAAAAACUUGCAGAAUUAGAUGGUGAGGUUGUUGAAGACAACUUGAGCCAUAUCAAGAGUUUUGAUGUCCCAAAAGUUGUUUUGAAGGAACUAUCUCCAAGUGCUCCUCGCUGUGAUCAAAAAGUGCCCACUGAUAAUGGCAGGAAUCUUGAGUUACAGCCUAAGGAACUGAAGGGCACAGAUAAACAGACCAUUUGUGUUAAUGUGAUCAAGGCCUCAAAGAUGGAAGACUCAGGCUCCAUGGCAAACUCUCCGAUAUCAAGGAAAAGAUCCAGCAGCGGGAGUGUGUUUAAUGUCCCAUCUUAUUCAUCUUCAGUCGAAGUGCGCUCACAGAAUCAGCAUCCUGGUGGUUAUUCAGUUGGGUCGUCAGGAUAUAUCGUGCAGAACGCAGAGAGGAACUGUGUUGGCAAGGCAGAAGAUGAUGACAGUGCCGAUAGCUGUACAAACACCUCAAGAGCAUCCAAGAGACCUGCCGCCUGACAAGGGUGAUUGUGAAGACUGUAGGGCUGAACUAUGGAGUGGACAAGGGCAACACUCAUCUUCCUGCAUCCCGUUCUCACCAGAAGAAAUUUUUGUACAUUUUGUUAUCUGGUUAUUUUUGUCAAAUCUGUUAUAUGUAACCUAUAAUUAGUUGCAACACUUACACGAAACGGUUUUGUUCUUGGGGGAAAGAGUCGUUUACUUGCUUA